UCGGCUACCACCACUGCUGCUACCAUCGCUACUACCACUGCUGCUAUCAUCCCCGCUGCUACAGAAGCCGCUACUGCCACCACCGCUGCUACCACCACGUCUGCCACCCACGCUGCUACCACCACUGCUGCGGCUACCACUGCUGCUACUACCACUGCUGCUACUACCACUGCUGCUACUACCACUGCUGCUACCACCGCCACUGCGGCUACCACCACUGCUGCUACCACCACUGCUGCUGCUACCACCACUGCUGCGGCUACCACCACUGCUGCGGCUACCACCACUGCUGCAGCUACCACCACUGCUGCUGCUACCACCACAGAUGCGGCUACCACCACUGCUGCUGCUACCGCCGCCGUUGCUCUCACCGACCUUGCUGCUGCUGCUGCCACUGGCACCACCACCGUUGUUGUCCCCGUUACUGCUGCAUAUACCGCUGCUGCUGUCAAUGGUACUUGUGCCACCCACUCUGCUUCCACCGCUGCGGCUACCACUACUGCUGCUACCACCACCGCCGUUGCUCCCACCGUCGUUGCUCCCACCACGGUUGAUUCCACCACUGUUGCUUCCACCGUUGCUCCCACUACCCUUGCUCCCACCACUGUUGCUCCCACCACGGUUCCUCUCACCACCAUUGCUCCCACCACCGUUGCUCCCACCACCGUUGCUCCAACCACCGCCGUUGCUCCCACUACCGUUGCUCCCACCACCAUUCCUCUCACCACGGUUGCUCCCACCACCAUUGCUCCCAUCGCAGUUGCUUCCACCACCGUUGCUCCCACCACCGCCGUUGCUCCCACAACCCUUGCUCCCACCGCCGUUGCUUCCACCACCGUUGCUCCCACCUACCCCGUUGCUCCCACCGCCGUUGCUCCCACCACCGUCGCUUCCACCACCGUUGCUCCCACCACCACUAUUGCUCCCACCACCGCUGCGGCUACCACUGCUGCUGCUACCACUGCUGCUGCUACCACCGCUGCUGCUACCACUGCUGCUGCUACCACCGCUGCUGCUACCACCACUGCUGCUACCACCGCUGCUGCUACCACCGCUGCUGCUACCACUGCUGCUGCUACCACCGCUGCUGCUACCACUGCUGCUGCUGCCACUGCUGCUGCUGCUACCACUGCUGCUCCUACCACCGCUGCAGCUACCACUGCUGCUGCUACCACGGCUGCUGCUACCACUGCUGCUGCUGCCACUGCUGCUGCUGCUACCACUGCUGCUACCACUUCUGCUCCUACCACCGCUGCUGCUACAACCGCUGCUGCUGCUACCACCGCUGCUGCUACCACUGCUGCUGCUCCCACCGCUGCUGCUACCACCGCCUCUGCUACCACCGCUGCUGCUACCACUGCUGCUGCUACCACCGCUGCUGCUACCACUGCUGCUGCUACCACUGCUCCUGCUACCACCCCUGCUACUGCUAUCACCGCUGCUGCUACCACUACUGCUGCUACCGUCGCUGCUGCUGCCACUACUCCUGAUGCCACUGCUGCUGCUCCCACCAUCGCCAUUGCACCCACCACCGUUGCUGCCACCACCAAUGCUCCCACCGCCGUUGCUCCCACUACCGUUGGUUCCGCCACGGUUGCUACCACCAUCAGCGUUGCUCCUACCGCCGGUGCACCCACCACCAUUGCUCCCACCGCCGUUCCUCCUGCCACUUUUCCUCUCACCACCGUUGCUCCAACCACCUCCGUUCCUCCCGCUACCGUUUCUCCCACCACCCUUGCUGCUGCUGCCACUGCCACCACCCUUGCUGCUGCUGCCACUGCCACCACCCUUGCUGCUGCUGCCACUGCCACCAUCGCUGUUGUUUCCCCUGUUCCUGCUGCCAACACCGCUGCUGUUGCCACUGGUGCUUCUGCCACCCACACUGCUACCAUACCUGCUGCUGCCACCGCAGCUGCUACCACCUCUGCUGCUACCACUGCUGCUGCUACCACUGCUGCUGCUACUACUGCUGCUGCUACCACCGCUGCUGCUACCACUGCUGCUGCUGCCACCGCUGCUGCCAUCACCGCUGCUGCUACCACUGCUGCUGCUACCACUGCUGCUGCUACCACCGUUGCUUCUACCACCACUGCUGCUACCACUGCUGCUACAUCUCUGCUGCUACCACCGCUGCUGCUACCCGCGCUGCUGCUACCACUGCUGCUGCUACCACCGCUGCUGCUACCACUGCUGCUGUUAUCACCGCUGCUACUACCACCGCUACUGCUACCACUGUUGCUGCUACCACCGCUGCUGCUACCACUGCUGCUGUUACACCUGCUGCUGCUACCACUGCUGCUGCUACCACUGCUGCUGCUACCACUGCUGGUUCUACCACCGCUGCUUAUACCACUGCUGCUGCUACCACCGCCGCUGCUACCACCACCACUGCUGCUACCACUGCUGCUGCUGCUACCGCUGCUGCUACUACCACUGCUGCUGCUACCACCGCUGCUGCUACCACCGCUGCUGCUACCACCACCGCUGCUGCUAGCACUGCUGCUGCUACCACCGCUGCUGCUACCACUGCUGCUGCUACCACCGCUGCUGGUACCACUGCUGCUGCUACCACUGCUCCUGCUACCACUGCUGCUGCUACCACUGCUGCUGCUGCCACUACUCCUGAUGCCACUGCUGCUGCUCCCUCCACCGCCAUUGCUGCCACCACUGUUGCUCCCACCGCCGUUGCUCCCACUACCGUUGGUUCCGCCACGGUUGCUACCACCAUCAGCGUUGCUCCCACCGCCGGUGCACCCACCACCAUUGCUCCCACCACUGUUCCUCCUACCACUUUUCCUCUCACCACCGUUGCUCCAACCACCUCCGUUCCUCCCGCUACCGUUUCUCCCACCACCCUUGCUGCUGCUGCCACUGCCACCAUCGCUGUUGUUUCCCCUGUUUCUGCUGCCAACCCCGCUGCUGUUGCCACUGGUGCUUCUGCCACCCACGCUGCUACCAUAGCUGCUGCUGCUGCCACCGCAGCUGCUGCCACCGCAGCUGCUACCACCUCUGCUGCUACCACUGCUGCUGCUACUACUGCUGAUGCUACCACCGCUGAUGCUACCACUGCUGCUGCUACCACUGCUGCUGCUAC